ACACCGAAAUACGUUUAAACAAUUACCCUGUAAACCUCACGGCAAAACAACCACGCCAUGGCCGGUACGCGGCUGCAUGUCCUCCUGAGCUUGCUGAUCCCGAUCCUACUCAUUGCGCCGUACGCCUACCACCUCCUGCUUGUGCCUCGAUCGCCGCUUCCUUUCGAUGACAUCCAAGCUAUAGACAUCCAUGCAUCCACGGAAGCUCUGCGGUCUCACGUCGUCAACUCCGAGACCAUCACCUUCCUGCAGGUCCAUGCCACCCCCCCUUCUUUCCCCGUGCUUCCUCGUACCUCAAGAGUCUCGUCGUUGGAGUACCCUUCGCUUUCGCCAUCCAUUCCUGCUCUCCACGACUCGCCACAUGCGCAAGACCGUGCAUUGAAGUCGUGGCUCCACGCAGCCAACUUGACCGAUCGCGCCGUCAUUGUUCUGCUCUGUCAAGACAGCAAGCAGGAUGCUGACUCGUCCGUGACAAUGGGAGUACAUCGACACGGGUGGUCCACGGGCUGCUACCUGUCCAUCGACCAGCAGCGCCUUCUCGUCGACACACUGUUCCCACCUCCGUCCUCGGCCAACACGUCGACAAAGCUGGCGCUCAAGUAUCGUUUCAGCUUUACUGUCUUGAACGAGAAGCCCCAUGAAGAGUCCGCGCUUGCAGACGCAUGGAACACUGCGCUGUCCUCGGCGUUGGCGCCGUUGUUCGAACCGUUUGCCGACGCCGUCGCGUCGACGCUGGCCGCCGUGACCAUCGACACCCAGCGCGUCGAGUUUGGCAAGCUGGCCCAGGUUUACCGCGUGGACCCAACAACCCACGCCACGUAUGUGACCACGGCCGACCUCCAACACUUUAAAUCGGCCAAUGAUUUUGCCACUACGUCCGUGUUGGCAGACCGCGAACAUGUGGUUCAUUUCGCGGCCAUCCCCGCUGCCGCGUCGUUCCAUAUUCGAUCGUCGCAUUCAGCGGAUCCUACGCCGGAAUAUGCAUUUGUCAUCCCUGGGUAUGGCAGCGUGGCGAUUCUGCAUACUCCCGACGACGUGCCGCGCAUCAUGAGAACCUUUCUCUUCCACGCGCGGCAUCUCCUCGGCCUCGGCGCGUUUCCAUCUUCGGCAACCCACUCGAUCACAUUCCUUCCGUCAUCUUCUGGGGUUGCAGACUGGGAACUCGACAUCCUCGUCAAUCGUUAUCUCCUCCGGCACUACCAUACAACGGUGCGGACGUUGCAGUCGCUUGCGUCGUUAGUUGCGUCCAUGCCCCAGAUGGCCGUCCUGCCGCGCACGUCGGCAUUAGUCGAGAGUUCCUUAGCUGCCCUCCAUGACGUGGCAACUUCCGUGCCCAAGGCCCAAACAUUUCGCACCAAGUUGGUCGCAGUUCGACACGCGUUGCUUGCGGUGGAAGAGGCGUACUACGACCCGACCAUGGUGUCCCAGCUGUACUUUCCCGAAGAUCAGAUUUACUUUGUCUUUUGCCCGUUGCUGCUGCCGUUGCUCGUGCCACUACUCGGAGGCGUCGUGCGCGAAGUCAAGCGCAUGCGAAAACCAGUUCGAGUUGUCGAUUAACUAAAUGUGGUGUCGAUUAACUAAAUGUGGUGUCGAUUAACUAAAUGCGUUGUCGAUUAACUAACCGUGUACGUAUCGAUUAACUACAAUAGAG